AUGAAUAAACAAACAGAUUCCACCAUACCUGAUUAUUCAUCAUUUAAUCGUGAAGUCAAUGAUGCAUCGUCACCUGUAAAACAUAAUGAAAUUCAACAAACUCAUUCAUCACCGUCGUCGUCGUCGUCGUCGUCGUCGUCGUCGUCGUCAAAAGACAAGCUUGACUUGAUAGAAAAAAUCAUUAAAAAUGAAUGUUCGAAUUCUUCAUCAAAACGGAAAUUAAAUUCCUAUGCGAGUACAGAUGAAGAUGUAGAUGAAUUUAAUUUAGAUUAUUCCGAUGGUGUUAAUCGUUCAGCAACAACAACAAUUCAAACGUAUCGCGAUCGAUUAAAUGCACGUUUGAAUCCUGAACAACUGGAGACAAAUUCAACCAAUCGGAAAUUUCUAUCAACUGAAUGUUCCCAAGUAACAAUUGAUUCCGGUGUUGAUAUUGCCAGUGAACAAAAAUUAUUUCAAUUGAAAAUCGAUGAACAAUAUUCCGAAGAAACUACUAAUCAAAAUGAUUUAUUUGCUCUAUCGGAUGAUUCAUUACUUGAUAUUGAAUCACCCUAUAUGAAUGAUUUAUCUCUAAAACCCUCAUUUAUAAUCAAACAACAACAAUUAAGAUCAUAUACAGAUGAUAGUGAAGGAGGUCGAAGUUAUUUAACCGCUAUAACUGAUAUUCCAUCAUUGACUAAAACUGAUCGUGUACCAUCGAAUACAAGUGAACAAUAUUAUUCAGCUGAUAGCGAUUUUAAUACAUCGUUAUCACUUGCAAAUAACGAUAUUGAAUUCGAAAAUCAAACUCAUCCUGGUCAAGGAAUACAAGAAUUGUCACCUGACCAAUCAUCAGCAUCAUCAACAGCAUCGCCAAUACCACCUGAAAUCGAUUCACAAUUACCAGCAUUUGGUGAUUGGAUCGAUGGCGUAUUUACAGCAUUUCUUGCCGAAACUAAUCAGCAAUCAAAUUCAACAAGUCGCUCAUCAUCAAUUUUAUCUGUACAUAUAUCGCAACAUACAAUUGAUACCUCAUCAUCACAAGUUUUAACUGUUAUUGAAAAUAAUAAAAAUCAUCCAAAUUUAACAAUUAUGGAGAAAUAUUCGACCACGUUCGAUGAUAACAAUCGAAUGAAUUCCUCGCAUGGUCGCUCACAAUCAUCGCCAAAUGGUGAAUUACAAAAAGAUGAUGCAAAUUUGAAAGAAAUGUCAAUUUCAAGUCUAAACAAUGAAAACAAUAAUGACAACUCAUAUAAAAAUGUUAACAAUUGUAAAAACAUUAGUACUAUUGACGCACAAGUUGCAAAUAAACAAUCAACAUCAUUACUAUUGUCAUCAAUUGAAAGUGGUGAUGACGAUGACAAAAUAUUUUCACUUUCUAAUACAACCACGAACAAUAUUGAUGUGGGAAAGGUAAAGGAAAAAGAACAGGAUGACGAUACACAUCAUAUUGAAAUUGGAGCCGAGAGUGACAACAAAAACGACAGCCCACUUAUACAAGUAGUAAUGCCAGAUGAAUCAUCUCCAUCACCAUUUUCAUUCUUCGAAGGAUUCCAUUAUCGGGAAUCCCAACAAAAUCAACACGCGAAUAGUCAUGACUCAUUACUUCAACCUGAUCAUAUUCCAAUAAUGAGUACUAUCAAUACAGCCGCAUCCUCAUCUGAUGAUCUAUCCAGUACACAUCAAUUGUUAUCGUCAGCAUUUCAUUCAAAAGACUCAGCACUUGGCUUAUCAGAUGAUAAUUUAAAUUGUUUACAAACGAAUGAAUUUAAUAUUCAAGAUAUUCACAACGAUUAUGAUGAAGAUGAUGAUCGACAACAACAACAGCAACAACAACAACAACGUGCUCGAAUAUCAUUGCCCUUAUCAAAUGUGCAGCAAGGUGAAACAGUUGAUAAUAAUGAAAUCGAAGAUAACACAAAUAAUUAUAUUGAAAAGAAUGAAAUGGUCUCUGAACAUAUUCCCGAAAAUAAUACAAUCAUGAUGUGUAUAACUAUCAAUACGCAAUUGAAACCUACAUCCUAUGGACUUGAACAUGCUGAACGAACAGUAUCAUCAAGUUCUUCGGAACAAUUGAUACCAAAAGAAAAACAAACAGGAAUGUAUUAUCCGGCAUUCGGAAGUUCAGCAGCAAUACAUUUAGCGGAAAAAUAUAAUUGUGAAUGGUUACAAGAUGUGCCGUCACCGACUAGUACAAUAAGAAAACAUUCCACUAUUGUUGAAAGUAAAGAAUCGCCUGAUUCACGUAUAUUUCAUCAGCAUCAAAAUAUUGGUGACGAUGAUGAAUUCUAUUUAUCAUUACAAGCAAUUCAACCGUCUCACUCAUGUCCACAGUUAAAUUAUACGACAAUGAGAGAACCAUUACGUGAAAGAUCAUAUUCUUUAACAACAUUAGAUGCCUAUGCGUACUUAGAUAUAACACGUGAUACUCUUGAGCAAAUGUGGCUUUCAUUACUUGAUCUUGCUUUUAGUGAUAAAGAUGAUAUCGAACUAGGUGAAUAUAAAUUACGUCAUAUUAUGGGUCUUUCAAAUUCAUAUACAAACGUGAAUGAAACUCAAAUAGAAAAAUCUCGUAGUCAUGGUGAUAUAUUUUCAAGCACAAAUAAAAAUCAUGAAGAUAAAUUUACAAAGAAAAAAUCAAAAUCAUUUGACAUCACAUCAUUAGAUAAAUCAGCAACAAACACUUCGAGAACAAACGAAUCAGCAAAUGUUGGCCUUUUACAAGGUGCUGCUAUCUCGGAACCAUUUGUUGAUCGUAUCGGCCCAUCAUCGACACAUUCCGACACUGAAGAUAAUCUACUUGAUAUUGAUGAUGAUAGUAUACAAUCAUAUGAACAAGAUAAUGUUCUUUCCGAUGAACACGAGCCACCAACAAAUCAGAUAACAUCACCUAUUAUAAAAGAGCCACUAAAUUAUGUAUUUCAUUAUCCACAUCAUUUAGAGAAUAAUGAUGAUUUCGAUCUUGAUCCUAUAGAUGACAUAUCAAACUAUUUACCGAAUACAAGUUUACAAAAGAAUGAAAUAUUUGGUGAUGAAGACAAACAAGUGUGUAUGUCCUUGGGUUUUGACGACGACGAGGCAACAGCUGCACUUGCUGCUGCCGUACAACCAAGAGAUACACAAGCUAUUCUAUCUUCAUAUAGACCGCAUUCAUUAUCGACUAUACCAAGUUCGGGCGAAAGUCAGUAUGAAUCUAGUGAUGAUAGUGAAGAUUUCGAUGAGAAUUUAAGAAGAACUGCAAUUAGUAUUAAUCAAGAAGAUAUUUUUGAAGUCGAUAAUAGUGAAGAAGAAACAGACGACGAUCACGGUAGAAUCGGAUCAGGUGUUUCAUCGCCACAAUCAAAACCAAAUACACCAAUACAAAGUCGUUCAGCAACACCAUCAGAACUAAAUCAACCUAUAAAACUUUCAAAUUUCUCUGAGAUCGAUCAUGAUGCAUGGGAAAAAUCAAUAAGCGAACCGAUCUAUACUGACGAUCUAUCCAUCGAACAAAAUAAUGAAGAUGGCUUAUUUACGUUUACAGAUAACUUAACAGCGAUUAUUUCAUUGCAAUCUACCGAACAACAAUCUCAAAUAUUCACUACUGAUCAAAUUGAAUCAACAAUAAUAAAAAAUGAACUCUAUGAAAAUACCUUUAUUGAACAAAUCAAUGAAAAUAACUCACUAAGUGCUUCAUCACGAGAAGAUUACAUUGAACAUAUGGAUGAACAACAAGUCAAUAAGUCAGUAGAUUCUACUCGUACAUCAAUAUCAUCGAUACAUGAUACACAUCUCGAUCCAGAUGAAUUAGCUUAUCGUUUAGCACGAUUAGAUCCUUAUACUAUAUCAAGUCCACCGAAGAAAACUUUAGCAGAUGAAUUAGCAGAAUUAGGCGAAAAGGAAAGUCGCUUUGAAAAUGAUUCUCUCGAUCAUACACCUCCUAAUGAAAAGAAAUUAUACGAAUCAUAUCCAACAACACCACCAUUGAAAAUCGAUCAACUUACAUUAAUCGUGGACGAGAUUCAAAAACUUAAUCAAGAAAAAGCUGUCUCGUCACUUUCAACGAUUGUUCAAGAUAUUCAUUCAGUAAAAAAUAAUCAAUUUCUAACGAAAAUUGUUGACUACCAUCAAUCACCACCUAUAUCAAAUUUACAAACAAUAAUGACGGAAUUACAUGAAGUAUCUAGUCGACAACCUGUAGAACGUCCACAACGACCAACACAUCUUGAACUUGAUUUAGAUGAACAAGUUGAAGUAUACGAACAACUUCUUACAUCUUCUGUUACUGAUAGUAUUCCAAUAUCAUCAAAUAUUAUAAACAAUCUGGAAAAACAUUUAGCUGAACAUAAAACAAAAACACCUUCCCCUGCUCUUCCGCCAGCGCCUGUUCUAUCGUCAUCAUCGUCAUCGCUGACGAGACGAAUCAGUGAACCACCUCUACCAUUAACACGCUAUCAAAAUCAUCGCGUUGACAAAGUAUCUGAUUUAGAAAUUGUUAAGCAAGGCAAUGGCUUUAAAAUUGGUUAUGUCGAUCGACAAGGUACAGAUCAACGUGUUAUAUUAACAAAACGUAUACCAGCUGGACCUGAUAUUAUGGCACGAGAUCCACAUGUUCGUUUGCCAUAUAAAGGUCGUAAAAUUUUAAAUCAAGUUUUCAGUUCAAUUUUAUAUACAAACGGUUAUAAUUCAAUACAAGAAGAUAGAAAAUAUCAACAUUCAGCCGACGAUAUUGAAGUGCCAAUUAUUGGGACUAAUCCGGAACAUUUUGAUGAGUCUGAUAUGAUAUCAAUCGAUAUCGAUGGUCCAUCGACAAUGCUUAAUUCUAUAUGUGAAUCAAUUGUUAUAACUCAAGGUUCUGUUUAUUCAAAUACUCCUUUUAAACCUUCUCGUGACAAACCCAUAGCUCAACCAAUAGCCAAGAGUGUAUUCGAUAGCAACAUUCUCAAUUCAAAUGCAUCACAUUUACGUCAUGUUGUCUUAGAUCAACAUGAAGAAUAUCUUCUCAAUAGUUCUCGUACACCAACGCCAUCGAAUAAAAAAGAUAAAAUUGAAGUUAUUGAUACAUGGCACAAUAGUACAGUUAUUGAGGGUAGUAGUACAACAUGGCGUAGUCCAUCAUUGAAUACAUUUAAAGCAACAAAGCAUAUUCAACCAUCAACACAAGCUCAAACGUUCGUUUCUUCCAUUGAACCUAAUCUAGUUCAAAUGCGUAUAGCACCAACAACUUAUGACACGAAAUAUCGUUCAAGUGAACAUAUUGAAAUUCCAGCUACAUACAAUUGGAAUGCGGAAACAGUAGAUACGCCGAAAAGACCAGCUCAGUCUACACGUGAUGUUGCAUUAUCACCGAUAUUAAUUGAUCAAAAAUCCUAUCAAACAUCAAGUACAUCGACCGCUGCAAUUCCUGGUAAAGUUGAUCGUUCAUGUCAAUAUAGUCCACCACUAAAACAUGAAUUUGGUUCACAAUGUCAUUUUGAUCAUUUAACAUCAUCAACACAAGUAUCAUCCUAUGAUAUACCGAACUUUUUAAUCACUAAUAAUGGUACACAAACAACAAUCAAUGGUGCAAAUACAAAAGUGCCGUUGGAUGAUUCAGGAAUUCAAAGACACAUGCAAACAGUAUCACCAUCAUUAUCAACAGCAUCAUCCGAUCAUCAACAAACAAUGCAAACUGGAGCAGAUUUUAUUACAAAAUUCAAUGAUCACAAUAAUCAUACAUCAGGUUUAACAGUAACACAAUAUACAGAUGAAAACUAUUAUCUUCCUUCAAAUGAUAAUAAUCAAACGAUAUUAACGAGCCGUUCAGCAACACUUGAACGAAGCGCUGACUCAGGAAUUCUUGUUGAUGAACAAUUAUUACGCACUCGUCGAAAUAAAGCAAAUUUCGCUUUACAAGUCGAUAUAAAAGGCUCAUCAUCCGACAGUGAAGAUGUUUCCGAAGUAACACAACGUCCAUUACAUAGGAUGAAAUCCCUAACAAAUGAUGACGUCUAUGAACAUCAUAGUGAACUAAUGAUAAAACCUAAUAAUGUAAGAGAAGUUCGACAAAAUUCAUCAACAAAUGACAAACGAGGAGCGGAACACUCGAUUAUAUCAGCUAAAGAAAUCGAGCAACAAAUUUUACAAUUACGACGUGAACGGGCACAUAUACUUGAUUUACUUUCAUUGAAUUGGAGUCGAUCAAAUAUUUGGGUUGAAUUGACUGAAGCGAAAUUAAAUUAUAUUAUUGGAGAAACAGAUGCCUUACUUCGUUCGUUAUCUUUCGAUGCUAAUCCAGUUGAUAGUGAACGAGUUAAAGUUAAAAUGCACCAAUACGAAGAAGAUAUGGCAGAAUUAACAAGACAACGUUUAGCUAUCUAUCGACAACGUUUAGAAGAUUCGAAAAAACAAUUAGAUAUUAAAAUUGAUGAAUUAGAAUUGAAGAAAUCAUCGCUAGAACAUCAUACAUCACAUUAUUCAACUCUGGAAUUUACACCACGUGCUGAAGUUAUAAGACAUGCAAAAUCAUUUCUAAGUACAAGUGCUGAAAAUUUAUCCAAUAUACCUCUACAAGAUAGUGUAUCAAGUCAUCCACAUUUGCUUGACGUAUCAUUUCUAACAUCAACACCAUCGAAUCAAACGAUCGGACUUCCACCACGUUAUCCUCGCUCGCCACGACUUCCUCAACCAUAUCAAUCGCCAGACACAUAUAGAACUGUUUAUCGUCCAACGCCACGUUAUCCAUCAGCAGUAGCACUAAAUACUGAUCAACGUUAUGACUUUCCACGUUAUAGAACAACAUCCUAUGUAACACCUAAUGGAAAUCUAUCAGGCUUACAAGGUUUAAGUAGAAGUCAACAAGCUAUAUUAGAUGAAACAGAUAAAUUAGUAAAAGAUUCACAAGAAUUUCAUAAUGAAUCUGCGUCACAAUUUGAACGUGCAAGAGAAAGCUUAUUAUCAAGUGAAGCAUCAAUUCGGUUGGCAAGAGCCAACAUGGCUGCAUCCCGCUUUUCACCAACGUCAAAUUAUUUACCCAAUGAUGUUACACUUGCUGAACUAUUUAAAUAUGAACAGUCAUUAGCUAAAGAAACAGCGAAAAAUACACGAACCUAUUCAUCUAUAUCAACAAGUGCGGAAUCUUAG